CGAUUUCGAUGUCGAUUCAUUUGUCAAUUUGUGUUUUCCGCACGGAGUGCUUUUUUCCCUUGAAAAACCAAGAAAAGCCAGAAAAGUGAUGGAGUGUAGGGUAAAAUGAGACCAUCGUACCAGAGGAGGUGAUCUAAUAUAUCCGAGAUAUCGAUCAUUGCUCAGUUUCUAAGUAUGAUCGACGUUACCACCCACAGCUAUCCACAGGAUGAGAUAAGUAUGGUCCAAGAUGUGACCUCAUCGUACCAAGCAUCUAUCGCAACCUAUCCACAAAUUUCAAACAAGACGAUGCACGAAAUCAUCCCCGGAGUCUACCUAGGGUCCUAUACAGCGGCCCAGAGGAACAGCCUACUAGAAAAUGGCAUAAAUUACAUAAUAUGCGUAAGGCAAGAGUACGAAGCACAUUUCAUCAAACCACAAGUUAGUGAACCUGCAUUUACUUACCUCACAUUGGAUAUUCAGGAUAAUGUGACAGAAAACAUAAUCAGGUUCUUCCCCAAAGUUAGGCAGUUCAUUGAUGACGCCUUAUCUCACAACUGUAAGGUGCUUGUACAUGGGAAUAAUGGAAACUCAAGAAGUGCCACUUUGGUUCUGGCCUAUUUGAUGGAAAAGUAUGGGCUCAGCAGUAGGUGAUGCAUUGAGGUAUGUGAGAGAAAGGAGAGCAUCAGUAAACCCAAAUGAUGGCUUCAAAGCCCAACUGGUUGAAUAUGAACCUAUUUACAAGGCCAGGCAGAUCAUGUCAAAUGGUGAAUCUUCCAGUGACUGCCGGCAAAAGCGAAAAUGUGAGCAGCUUACAGAAACAGUUGAUUAUAACUUGAUCCAGAGACCACCUAGUCCAGAUCUGGAGAACAACAAUCAUACAUAUGGGAUAGGCAAUGAACUGUCUACACAUCUACUUAGGUUGCUUAAAGAGACUUAGAUUGGUUUGUAUGGACUUUGGAAUAUGUUCAGUGUUUAUAAUGUGUUAUGUGUUUGAAUAAUGAUUGUUUGUUGAGAAGAUGUGAUUUAGAGAGAAUUUAUAGACAAUAUUUUAGUAUAUGUGCUUCCUAAGGUUGCAUUGGAUAAGUCAGUAUAGUAAAAGGUUAUGCUAUUUUCCACGUUCAUUGUUACUCUCUAUUUCCUUAUUGUUUGACAUUUCUCAGUUUUAUGAAGGUUUUUCAUUUUUUGAUAUAUAUAUAUAUAUAUAUAUAUAUAUAUAUAGUAUCAAUAGAUCCAUUUCAUCUGUCUCAUAUAGAUACAAUAUCAGGUGUUUUUUAGAAAUACACCUUUAAAAUGAUUUUAUUACAUUUUAAAAAUGUAUGCCUCAAAAACACCUAAUAAAUAUAUUACUUUCUAUACAUGUCAUGAAUGUGUUGUAUUAAUAAGUGUGAUCAUAGGUAUCUUAACUUUAAAUUUCACAGAUUACUGGACAUUUCUGCAACACUUUCCAUACUUUCUCUUUUAUUUCAAUCACUUUAAGUAUCACUGAGUUUUAUACAUAUAAAUGAUUUUUGGAAGCUAUCACUCACAUUUGAGUGCUUAAAAAUAGAUUUUAAUAAUUAGUUCAUUUACUUUCCACUCCACUAUCAAUUAAAAUAGAAUGAACUUAGCAUUUUUAGAUAUAAUUGAUAGCAUAAUAUUUAACAUACACUGAGAACCAGAUUAUUCUGAUGGCAUACACAUUUGUGAAUUGUGUCGAAUUUAGGAUUGAUUCCCAAUCGGUCCUAACCAUGCUCCAUGUAGAUCGAAAUGAAAGGUCAGGAUUGCCACAAAUUCUGCAACAUUGCAUCAUUGGUUCGUUUGAUUACACCGCAUCUUGUACAUUUCAAAGCAAAGUUUCCACCUCCAUGGUCAUAGUUGAGUGAUUCUGGUCAGUACCCAUCUAGCAUUCGUAGGGGAAUGCUGUCCUGCUUCAAAAUGGCUUUCACCUACAUACAUGCUGGCGAUGGUUAAUUUUUAUUGCUUAACGUUAUUGGUUACAUUUUCCGACCGCAGCGCUGUCACAAAAUCUAACAAUAAAUCAGGAUGUGUUGAUUUUAUGAACGUCGCUGGAAAUCGGAGAUGAUUCUUAAGUGAAAAAAGUCGCAACAAAAUUGAAAUUAACAAUUCUAAUCAAAAUGGAAACAAAAUAUUAAAUAGAAUAUUUGAACAGACCUCCUUCUUAAGUUUGACAAUAGCCUAUUGUAGAAGCCUGUGCCCAUUUUCUGGUGUAACAUAUUGGCGAAGCGGCAGAUUACACGACCUUCUGUGUCACCAUCGCUAGACAAUGUGGUGGUGACCUUUGCUCUUCAGGCGGCUUCUACCUCUUUCUAACUUGUGCUGAUACAUACUUCUCGCGCUUCUCUCUUGUACACUUAGAACUCAAGCCGUCAGACAAAUUUGGUUUUUCCUGUAUACAGUUAUUAUCAAAGCACAAAUGGCGCUUAUUUGUGUAAAAACCACGCCAUGGGGAAUUAUCAUUUUUUUUUCUUAGUUUCAAUGGUAUUUUGAGGUAUCUCCAAUUACCACAAAAUACUGUUUUAUGUUCAUUUCAUCAAGAAUGAUGUUAACACACAUUUUUUAACUGCCAGUGAUAUUUUCUAAUUUUUGUACAUGCAACACUGCCUAAACUGCAUUGAUUUGUUCCUUGUGAUAUGCAUAGACCAAUCUUCCACUUUUGAUUAUCACAUUUACCAAUUUUUAAGAUAAAAGUACUAGUCAGACAGUUUGUAAGUUUCUACCAUUAUUGUUGAAAAAAUAUAGUAAAACACUAUAAUAGUAGCUAUUAUUUUUGGUAGCUUUACUUAAAUAUGAGUAUAUUAUUUUGGAUAGAGAAUUUAGGAAAUUUUUCUUAUUUGUAAAUCACUGUCUGCUCUUAAAUCACCACUUAUACAGAGGUCUUACUAUAUUUUUCCAACAUUUUCAUUGAUAUUUAAAAUUGAUACAGUUUUCUGAAAAUUUCCCUUUAUGUUUCAUUAACAGAGAUUCAAAAAUGUAAAUAUAAGAUAGUGCCUAUUUGUAAAAUAUAUUGGAAAGAAAACUAUUUUUGUACUUUUGUAAUUUUAAUUUCCAUUAUUGUAUAUAAAUCUUCAAUGUGUCCAGAUACAGAAUUUGUUGGUAAGUUGAAUUUUCGUUUAAUAGUUUUGUAAAUAUUUGAUAUAAAAUAGUCAUUGAUAUUGAAAGUUACCAUAUGUUAUCCAUUGAGAUAAAACAAUAAAUUAUUACAUCUCGUAUUGUUUUGGAAAUGGUGUCAAAAAACUGUUUUCAAUAACUGCACCAGAAAUUGGAAAUUCAAUUUCUCAACCAAUAUCUUGUCUAUAGUGAGACAUUUUCCUUUUUGAAUGUUUCUUAUUUAGUUGAAUAUCUAUUGUUUUUAUAGUGGUAAAUGUACAUCAGUUAGAGCAUAGAAUUUCCAUUAAACAUUGUAUGCUGCUUUUAUACCAAAAACUGGUUUAUUUCUUAAAAUCUGCAUUAAAAGUAUGAUUCUUUUAAGCUAUUUUUGCUGGAAUCUUGGCACAUGCUGCAUCCUCAUCAUUACUUAGUUGCAGUUCCCAUUUGACGUCAACUGUAACCUGAAAAAAUAAAAGGUACGAAUACUGUAACAGUCGCAGAUAGAUAAAAUUUUCUCAAAUCGUGGGGUACACAACGUGCAAAGGAACUCUACUUUUUUCCUUACCAAGCACAGUUAGACACUAAGUGCUGCUCAAACGUUGAAACAUGAUACUUACUCUUGGAUAGUGGGGGCUGAUAGGUAGAGCAUUAAUGUACGUGUAAGUUUGUCCAGCCUUUAGAGGGCAAGUCACGCCAGAGUCUUUGCAACCAUCAGGAUUUGGGAGGUCAAAAGGCAUGGGCACUCCCAAGAUUUCACCAUGGACGACUGCUUUUAAUGUAUCGGAAUCGCCCUCUGGAAAUUAUUUUAAC